AGAGGGAUUGCUGCAUUUGGCUAAUGAGCAGAGUGAGGAGGUCCUCGAGUGAGACCGAGGACAUCUGGGGGGCAGAGGAGGAUGAUAUGACGGAAGGUGACCUUGGGUAUGGCCUCGGAAGAAGACCUGGCGGUCUUUGUGAAGUUUCGUGUUCGACUACAUCUAAGAAAAGGUCCGAGGGGAAGAACUUGAGCCCUCCUCCACUUCCACAAAACGGGGAAGAAAGAAGCGAAACCGGGUUCCAGCACUCCAGGAAUAAGGGCUGGCGGGACCCGUGCGCUCGCCGAUGCCCAGCGCCCGGCUACCGACGGCAGAGCAGCUCCGAUUCUAACUCAGAACUGUCAAAUGAACAAUUGAGGCAACGUCUUCAUGAAACUUUAGAGGAAGUAGAGAUUUUGAAAACUGAACUUGAAGCAUCUCAAAGACAACUUGAAGGUAAAGAGGAAGCAUUGAAAAUCCUUCAAAGCAUGGCAGUGCUUGACAGAGCCACAAGCCACACACAAACAGUGCUUCAAAAAACUGUAGAACAAAAGAGAGCGCUGGAGAAGGAAAUAAAUGCCUUGCGGUGGGAAAUGGAAUUUGAUCAUGAUAGAUUUAAAACUAUAGAGGAAUCUUGGACCCAAAAAUAUGACAGACUAAGCUGUGACAGUGCAGUUCUCAGAGAGAAUCUGAAGGUGAAAACAGAAGAAAUCAAAAUGCUCAAGUCUGAAAAUGCUGUCUUGAAUCAGCGGUAUCUGGAGGCCCUCGCCAUGCUUGAUAUCAAACAGCAGAAGAUGGCUCAGGAGAACAUGGGUCAGGAGGACAGUGGCUUUACAGAGGUGUCAGGUCUCGAGCUUGCAGUCCUCGGAGCCUGCCUGUGUCACGGUCCUGGAGGGAGCCCCUGUUCUUGUGCCAAAAUGGCAGCAUCCACUCGGAGACUGGUUCUUCAGCUCAGACAGGAGUUGGAAAUUCUGCAGAAAAGUAAGGAAGAGGCUCAUAUAAUGGCAGAUGCAUUCAGAAUUGCUUUUGAGCAACAACUAAUGCGGACGAACUACCAGGCCCUGAGACUGGCUCACGGGGAUAAGUGGAUUAACAGGCAACACUUGAAAGAGGAUGGAUGUCAAUCACAAAGGAGGAAAGAAGACCUUAGGGCAGAGGCUGCUGGGGAUACUCCCUUUGGAAAACAGUUCGAAGAGGACUGAAAACCAAGACCACCCGCAAGAUGUCUUUAAGAUGCUAACAGAUUUGCUGAAUGACAAGGAAGAGGCACUGGCCCAUCAAAGAAAGGUCAGUUACAUGCUUGCCCGGGCG